AUGAAAAACAACCCUGACUUAGAGAAAGACUAUAUAUUUAAUAAUUUAGUCAAAAGAGACAAACAAGAAAGAAUGCCGGGCUUCAAACUUCAGAAAGGUGACAAAGUAAAAAUAGAAAUACCUAAACGCGACCCAUAUGAAAAUACUAUUGACUAUGACAACAAUGGGAACCCGACAGGUACUCACAUUCGUGUUCGUAAAAAUAGAAGAAAGUAUACAAGAGAAUAUUAUGAAGUUUUAGGCAAACAUGGCAAAAUGUACACACUGCAAGCAGAAGAUAAAACGACUAUUGUCAGACCUCGUUUCAAACUUGUCAAAGUUCAAGGUGGUAUACUUUCAAAGACAGUUCCUAACAAAUAUAAGACAACUCCUGACGAAUAUGCUAAAGAAGUUGAAAAUGACGACUAA